CCACACACGGCCAUAGACAUUGAAGUCUAGCCCUUCCAAAAGCCCAAAACUCCCUAGCCCUCCUAUUUCCUUUCCAAAUCCAAGCACGAAGGGAAAUUGAAAAAGACGCCAGAAGGAAGUCGCCGAGAGAGAGACGCCGUCGCCCGCCUGCACGCUCCACUGCUGCAGAGUCUAGCCGCUGCCCUCCAGACGCCGCCUCGCCGGAAACUCUCCAGCCUCCAGGUCCAGGAGUCCAGGUACGGAGAUGAAGUCCAACAGCAAAGCUUUGCUGGAUUUAGAGGGCAAAACAUCACCUUUGGAAUCCAAACUUGUUUUUAACAAUGAUUGCAAAAAUCUCAAGUCCCAAAGCGCCAAACCCAACGCCGCUUCUGAUGUGAACAAGAAAACAACUCCUGUUCCUUCUCAAAGCCAAUUUCUAGGAAAAGUCAAGGAUUUCUUGGGGGUGAUUUCAGAAGCAAACAAAAAGCUGGAGAUUGAUGCGAAAAAGAACCCAGAGAACUAUGAUAUAGAAGCUCUAACUGGCGAGGAAUCUCAGUUCAUUGAGAUGGAUUUGAUGCUUGGUGUUGCAGAGUUACAAAGUGAUGAAGCCAUAGCCGCUGCCGAGUCUGCAAUGGCUGGUUAUCAACCCGUGAUUACUCUUGCUUCUUCUAGUGAAACAGACUCAGAGGAUAGCAGUGAUGAUGAUGAAGAUGAUGAAGAUGAUGAUGAUGAUGAUGGAAGUGAUGAAGACAAAGCUAAUUUUCAGAAAAAAGGAAAAAAUGCUAUGCUUGUUGAAGGAGAUUCUUCUUCAAGUGAAGAAACAUCAAGAAAUAAGAAGUGUUCAAGAAAGAAACCAAAAAUUGUGGAGCUCUCAUGAGACUAAAAGUUUGGUUGAGGCCUAGUAGGAGAUACAAGAUGCUUGUGACUGGGAUUGCAGUCCCCCUUUUUUGCCAAAAAAAUGCAUCUGUUUCUCAUCUAUUUUGAAGUGGAAAAAUCUUUUUCCAUAUGUAAAACUUCGCUUUGUUUUUAAGAUUAUAUAUGGCAAAAAUCUGUGUUAUUUUGAGACUGUUUGGUUUGUAAGUGUUAGUUUUACUAAAAAAAAUGAUUGAGGUAUUU